AUGACUUGCCCUGGGAAACGCCUUCUCGUGUGCUUGGAUGGCACAUGGGUCAAUAGCGACGAAGGGUAUAAUCGUCCAACAUCAAGUGAUCACAACUACUCUCUCCAGGUACCUUCCAAUGUGACUCGACUUUAUCGGGCCCUCAGGAAGACUGGCUUGGACGGCAUGAGCCAGAUCGUGUAUUAUCAUGCUGGUGUGGGUACCUCCGGAUCGUUUCUAGAUGAGCUUGCUGGAGGAAUCUUUGGGGCGGGCGUGGAUGAGAACAUUCGAGAGGCCUACAGUUUCAUUGCAACAAAUUAUGAACCAGGAGAUGAGAUUUUUCUCAUUGGGUUCUCCCGCGGAGCAUUCACGGCGCGCAGUGUUGCUGGGUUGAUUGCACAGAUCGGACUUCUCAAUUCCAGAGGGAUGGAAUAUCUUUAUCCUAUAUUCAAAGAUGCGGAAAACAUCAGAAAUCCUGACUACAAGGAUAAAUUCCCCACAGUACCAUUUGCCAACAAACCUCAUAGUCGACAAGAAUACAAGCUUCGGCUUGAGGAUGAAGGCCUCACGCGCCUCUAUGACCCGGAUGGCUAUGCCAUUAAAGUUCGCUGCGUUGCAGUCUUUGAUACUGUAACGCUGACACUCCACACAUGCAAAUGGUAUGACACCUCGCUCUCAAACACAGUUGAGCAUGCCUUUCAAGCACUUGCAUUGGACGAGGUGCGCACCUCAUUUGCGCCCGCCAUCUGGGAACGUCCACGUGGUGUCUAUACCGACCUACGGCAGGUCUGGUUCUGUGGCGCUCAUUCAAAUGUAGGUGGGGGCCUUCCUGAUCAAGAGCUUGCCAAUGUGACUAUGGCAUGGAUGAUGGACCAGCUGGCCGACUUGGGGGUUGCCUUCGAGGAGAACACGAUCGACAAAAUUUUCGAAGAAAGUGUCAUUUAUUAUUACAAUCAAGUCUCACACGGACAACGAAAAGAGAGCAGCUCCAACAGCAAAAGAUGGGAACAGUGGGCUGAAGAGUCGAUCUACGAGGAACACAAGCCUGUCAGACCCUGGGGCCUGGGUGAGAUGGUUCAACCAGCGACUGGAAUUUACAAACUAGCCGGUAAGACCACGCGCACCCCGGGAAUGUAUCAUCGCAUCGACCCAGAGACUUCUUACCCCACUCGCGAAUUCUUGGAAAGCACGAAUGAGCGUAUACAUCGAUCUGUGCGAAUUCGACUCGGUCUGGAAGGGCUGAGUUAUGACGACGUCGGUCUAUACAAGUGUCGUGCUUUGUUAAAAAAAGGGCCCUGGCUUCUAGAAAAAGUGCGCCUUCGAUCGCGCCGUGAAGUCUAUGGUCACGAUAGAGGGGGUUAUGACGACGAAGUGCGGACCGAACAAUCGAGUCAAGACUACCGUUGGGCCUGGGUCUAUGAUGGGCCUCCCGAGGAGGCACCUCCCAGAGAUCUCAUGCUGGAAGAGACGCUGGGUCCAUAUGAGAAGAGACUUCUGAGUUUGAAUAAAGGUAUUCACAUAGUUCCUUCUGGUGGCUUUUACAUGCUAACCUUGAGGGGACCAUUGCGACUACUACAGGUCGACAGUUCUAUAGAUCGAUCUUGCGAGAAAAUCGGAGACCAUAGCACCGGCAUCUUACCCUACGCCUGUGGAAACUCAUGA